AUACAGGCCAAGGUACCGCGCUCUACGCUUCCAGGGAAAGAAGCGAAGUGCUUCCAGCCCUUGCUGGUAUUCCCGCAUGUACACCGGCAUGGGGCUUGGCUCCUGCCGGAUUCUGGGAAAUUGUUUAAAGCUGGGAGGGUAACUGGCCAAUCGCCGUGAACGCAACGAACAUUGAUGCGUUUGCGAAGCCUUGAUUAUGCUAGCAGCCGAUGCGUGUUGUGAAUACACAUUUGCACCUGUAUGAGCACGAUACUCAUUAAAUGCAGCGCGGCCCGUUAGGCGUAGUGGCAAACUCGCGCCUGGCACACUUUUAUUGUGACCCUUUGUAGCAAGCAGCAUAUGGACUUGUGUCCCAAAUACGACUUUCAACAUGGGAUGUGCCAUUGUGUUGCUUAGUUGCUCACCGGGUCCCUCGCUGAACCACUAAAGCCUCCGCACAGACCGUUCAGUGACGCUAGAAAACUUAGCAGCAUGAUCGGCUGGAUCAACAUCUCCGUGGAGAGCUUCGUCCGGGAGAAAUUUGGGGAUGCCGUCUGGGAGCAAACCCUGUCGACCUCAGGCGUGCAGGCGGGCUGGGUGUCGUCGUGCCCCUACCCCGACGCCGCCACCUACGGCCUCGUCAUUACCGCAUCCAGCAUCCUGGGGGUGACUCCCGCACAAGCCCUGGAGGCGUACGGAGUGUACUUUGUGGAGUACACUGCCCGCCUGGGGUAUGAGAAGCUGCUGAAGAGCUUGGGAAGCAACAUGGCCGAGUUCCUCAAGAACCUGAACGACCUGCACCUGCAUCUCGGCAUGAGCUUUCCCGCCAUGGCGGCGCCCGCCUUCAAGUGCACGGACGUGGGGCCCACUUGCCUGACGCUGCAUUACCACAGCCACCGGCCGGCGCUGGGCCCCAUUGUGGUGGGUGUGCUCAAGGGCCUCGCGGAGCAGUACUGGGGCCUGGGCGGCGAUCAGCUGCAGGUGGAGCUGCUGCGGGGGCGAGACGACGGCAGCGAUGACCACGAGGUGUUUCGGGUCAGCUACCCUCACCAAGCAGCGCUUCAGCACUGCGGGCCGCCUGCGGCCAGCGUUGAUGGCAGCCAAGCCGCCGGCUCUGCUGCCUCCACCGCCUCCCCAGCAGCGGCGGCUGCGCGUAGCUUUACGCUGAACCCGAACGACUUCUACCAGCUCUUCCCCUUCCACUUGCUGCUAGACCGCAGCUGCCGCGUAGUGCAGGCGGGGGCGAUGCUGGAGCGGCUGCUUCCGGAGCUGCGCGGGCAGAGCGGCGUGCCGCUGGGGGACGUGUUCCAGCUGAAACACCCGCAUCGGCCGCUGGACUUCGAGACCGUGACCCGAGAGCUUGACAACAUCUUUGUCCUAAAAGCCCAUGUGAGCGGUCUGGAGCUCAAAGGUCAGAUGGUGGCUGUGCCGCUGCCGCUGCACCCGGGCGCUGGCUGCCCCGCCACCCAGGAGGGCCUGCUCUUCAUGGGCACGGCACGCCUAGCGGGCCUCGACGACAUGCGCCACCACGGCAUCUUCAUCUCCGACAUCCCGCACCACGACAUCAACCGGGACUAUGUGCUGCUAGCGGAGCAGCGCCAGGCGGAGGCGCAGCUGCAGGAGCGGCUGGAGUACCUCACGCGUGAACUCAAGGACACCAACUCGCGCCUGGACGAGGAGCGGCGGCGCAGUGACAGGCUGCUUUACCAGAUGCUGCCUCCCGAGGUGGCCAGCUGCCUCAAGAAUGAGGAGCGGGCGCCGGCACAAGAGCACCCAGAGGCCACGGUGCUGUUUAGCGACAUAGUAGGCUUCACGGAGAUUGCUUCACGCAGCUCGCCGCUGGAGGUGUGCUCGCUGCUGGACGAGCUGUAUCAGCGCUUCGACGGGGCCAUUGAGGAGUACCCGCAGCUGUACAAGGUGGAGACCAUCGGGGACGCAUACAUGGUGGUGUGCAACGUGACGGUGCCGUGUGACGACCAUGCGGACGUGUUGCUGGAGUUUGCGCUGCGCAUGCACGAGGAGGCCAGUCGGGUUGCCAGCAGCCUGGGGGAGCCCGUGCGCAUCCGCGUGGGCAUGCACUCGGGCCCGGUGGUGGCGGGCGUGGUCGGCCGCAAGAUGCCUCGCUUCUGCCUGUUUGGCGACACCGUCAACACGGCCAGCCGCAUGGAGUCCCACGGCGAGGCCGGCCAGAUCCACAUCAGCGAGGCCUGCUACAGCUGCCUCCGGUCCAAGGAGCGCUUUGAGAUCCGGGAGCGAGGCAACAUCACUGUCAAGGGCAAGGGAACCAUGCGGACAUUCCUCAUUGCACCGGCGCAAAGGCCUGGCAGCCCAUCCCUCAGCCGGCGGCCGGCGCGUGCGUCGACCUGGCAUAGCAGCGCCAGGGACUGCGUGGCGGACCUCAGCCGCCUCCCCUCAGGCAGCGCCAAUUACUCCUUCAGCAUUGCGCAGCCGCCGUUCACCACCGCAAACUCAACGUCGGCUGGAGCAACAAAAACGGAUGAGGGCUCUCCCAGCGGGGGCACCAUGGGUUCACCGUCCUCGCCACUACUCAACAGCGGCGGGGACGGCCGUGCCAUGUCCCGACAGCUGCGGGCCAUGUCCCCGAGUACCAACCCGCUGGCAUCUCUUGCAAGCAGUGCGAGCCGCAAGUUCUCCCAACCAGCGCUUGUCCGAGUCUCAAGCGGCUCGCAGAUCGGGCGAGGGGAGGGGCAACUUCUCAGCCGCCUCGAAAGCAUGACCCUCGCGCGGACGAGCAGCGGUUUUCUCGGCAGUGACGGCGGGAGCCGGGAGGCGGGAGCGGGAGGCGGACGGGAAGCGGGCGGGAGGCCUAGUGGGGCAUUGAAUUCCUAGUACAAGCAAGAGCAGAGGGUGGUGAGAAGCCUAGUGGGGCAUGAUAGAGGAUUAGAGGCGUUGAAUGGCGCCGUGCUGACGUGCUGUGAACUGAUCGAGAGGGAAGGCCAGCUGUCCGUGCCUGUGCGCCCCAGAGGCCACUCAUGUAUGGAUACUGGUGUUUUGAAGAGAUUGGGUUGGGAUUAGGCAGGAUGUCGCGGGGAGACUGCCUUGGACAACGGGCCGCCAGCCGUGUACACACUUGUACACACGCGUGUACAACAGUGUAAAACAAACGCCUG